CAGGCGCCCCGCCCACGCCUGUCCAGCGCGUCGGAUCUAAGCGGUGAUCGCGUCGGUCGGCAGCAGCAUCCUCCUCUCCAAGCUCCGCGCACAGCUCACCUGGCUGCACCGCACCGAGGAUUCAUUUCUGCGUUAGUAUUCCCUCCUCAUCAGGGCGAGGAAGAAGAGGAGAACAUAGCCCAGGCAGACGUCAUUAUGCCAGGUAGAGUGUGAAAGGGAGGUGGGGGAGCAACACUGCGGGGCGUGCGUGGAGUAGGUGGCCUCUCCAUCCGGGUGAACACCUUUCCGGGCUCCAGGCGGGCACCAUGUCGGACGGCUGGAGGCUGCUGCUGAUGCUGGCUCUGCUCGCCAUUGUGGGAGUCGGCCUCGGGGCAGACACAGAGGAGCGGCUGGUGGAGCAUCUCCUAAAUCCAGCGCAUUACAACAAGCUGAUCCGACCUGCCACUAAUGGUUCUGAGCUGGUUACCGUGCAGCUUAUGGUGUCACUGGCCCAACUUAUCAGUGUGCAUGAGAGAGAACAAGUGAUGACCACAAAUGUCUGGCUCACGCAGGAGUGGCAGGACUAUCGGCUGACUUGGGUCCCAGAGGAGUUUGAUGGAAUGAUGAAGGUCAGGCUGCCCUCUAAACACAUCUGGCUGCCAGACGUGGUCCUCUACAACAAUGCGGAUGGGGUCUACGAGGUGUCCUUCUACUCUAACGCAGUGGUGUCCUAUGAUGGCAGCAUCUUCUGGUUGCCUCCCGCCAUCUAUAAAUCAGCCUGUAAGAUUGAAGUAAAGCACUUCCCUUUUGACCAGCAGAACUGCACGCUGAGAUUUCGCUCCUGGACCUAUGACCGUACAGAAAUAGAUCUCGUGCUUCGUGCUGACGUGGCCAGCAUGGACGACUUCACGCCUAGCGGAGAAUGGGAUAUAAUUGCUCUGCCAGGCCGACGAAAUGAGAACCCAGCUGACCCCACCUACGUGGACAUCACAUAUGACUUCAUCAUCCGCAGGAAGCCGCUGUUUUAUACCAUCAACCUCAUCAUACCCUGUGUGCUCAUCACUUCCCUGGCCAUCCUGGUGUUCUACCUGCCGUCAGACUGCGGAGAGAAAAUGACGCUUUGUAUCUCGGUGCUGCUGGCUCUCACUGUGUUCCUGCUGCUGAUUUCAAAGAUUGUACCACCAACCUCCCUAGACGUCCCUCUGGUGGGGAAAUACCUGAUGUUCACCAUGGUUCUAGUCACUUUUUCCAUAGUCACCAGUGUCUGUGUGCUCAACGUCCAUCACCGCUCUCCUACCACGCACACCAUGCCUCCCUGGGUCAAACUGGUGUUCCUCAACAAGCUCCCUGCCCUGCUCUUCAUGCGACAGCCAAGGAACAGCAGUGAGCGCCAGCGGUUACGCCAGAGGAGGAGAGCACAGGAGCAAAAGGAAGGCGGGCGCAGCGGGGAGCCGGGGCCCCUGAUGGUGGGUCUGGGACUUGGUGGCGGAGGUGGCAAUGGAGGGGGAACCACCUCAUCUGUUUUUGGGAAGGACGACGGGGACCCUUGCACGUGCUAUGUGAACCGGGCGUCUGUUAAACAGUUUGGAGGUGAACUGGUGGGCGCUGGAGGGGGAUCAAUGGACGGUCUAAACAGAGUGAGAGAUGGCCGGGAGGGUGGGUCUGGAAACCUGCCAAGGGGGAAGCAGGCAGCCGGAGGUCCUGCUUUGACUCAGGCCUUGCUGGCUCAAGCCUGUUCAGGAUUUGAUGAGGCAGUGGAAGGAGUUCGCUUCAUCGCCAACCAUAUGAAGAGCGAAGAUGAUGAUCAGAGCGUAAGCGAAGACUGGAAGUACGUUGCCAUGGUGAUCGACCGGCUCUUUCUCUGGAUUUUUGUGUUUGUUUGCGUGUUCGGCACGUUGGGCAUGUUCAUGCAGCCCCUCUUCCAGAAUUACACAGUGAAAACCAUCAACACACCAGGCUGAUUGUUCCCCAAACGGCAAACACGUAACGGACAGCUCAGCUCCCUGACCAAUCAGCACAGCAGGACAAAGGCCCAAGGUGUUUUGGUGGUGUGAGAAUGUGUGUGUGCGUAUGUGCGUGUGUGUGUGAGAUAAUGUACCUUGGGAUGGGGAUUUUAAUGUAAUAAUGUCUAUGGAACUGGAAUCGCACUGGUACUGAACAGCUGUCUCGUCCAUUAACUUUAUGACAACAUUUUUGCAACAAGCAAACCUAUUUUCUUCUAUGAGCAUUGAAGAAAUUACAGUGAAACUCUUUUUCCUGCAUUUUUUAUUGUUGCUGGAAAAUCAAAACAGACUGACCUCCCCUCUCUGGUGUUAAGAUCCUCCCAUUCCCCCCUCCUCAGCCUGUCAAAGAGUCUCUAAGAGUGAGGACUCUUGGAUUUUCUCCUUUUUACACCCUGCCAAAUCACUCUGACUGCGUAACAGCAUCUCCACAGCAGGAAUGAGUCCAUGGUGGUGUUGAAUGAUAUUAGACAUCAGAGGGGGAAGAAAAGUUCAUAUUAAGCUUCUUCUGUUGUUUUAAAAAAAAUCCACUGUCAGUGAACUGAUUUAGUCCGUGUUAUCAUAGCGUAGCAGCUUGCCACAAGCAUAUAGCAUUAAGUAAAUAUUAGUAUUUCUAAACAUCAGUUCAUACACAGGUUUGUUGCUGAUGGAGAAGUGACAGAGUGUUGUGCGAUUGUAAAGAUGUAAAAGGAAUGUGAUUUUAAACUGUAUGGGGCAGCCAGUGUCCUGCACACUAACCGUACGUGUGACAGCUGCAUAUUAAAGGGACAUAUAAAGAGGAUGCUAAUGCUUAAAGAAAGCUAGGAAGGAAUAAUAUUAAGAAAUCAUGCAUGGACCCAUUUUUUUUUUUUCUUGCUUAAAGUGUUUCAACUUGCUGUAGCAGAGGGCGCAGUUGCAGAUGAGUCCUGAAAAAUGCAGGAAUCUGAGCCAAAAUGGUGCAAUAGAACAGAAUAAGUGCUGGACACAGGAAUGUGAUUUCUAUUUAACCAGUUGGAGUACCGAGCUAAGAGGAGGCAUUGGUUGUAGGGAUGGUUGGAGGGUAAAGCAAAUCAACAGAGACUUCUGGAUUAUUGUGUGUAUUAACAUGGUUUCACAGCUGUUUGCUUUGAGUUACCCUUCUAACCACCAGGGUGUUUGAAAUAUACCUAUUUGCUGUCUGUUCUCCUCGUUAGAGAUGCACCUACAAAAAAAGCUUGUGACCUCAUUCAGUCAAUCUCCAGCUUCCAGCCCCAGAGAGAAACUCCAAAUGUACUUAUUUACUACUUCAGUGUGGUGUUUCAAAUUAAAAGGCAGAGAAAGCACAGAAAAGCUAGAAUAUCUUUAGAGGAAACAGGGUCGUUCAUGUCAUCUGGUAAAGGUUUGUUCAGGCUGAGCAAGAAGGACUUUGCAGUAGAUGACUGGAAGGAUUACAUGUUGCUUUAUUCUUUUAAGAUUUCAAUCUGUUUGAAAACCUGCUAAAUUGGGUCAUGUUUAAAUCCUUUUAAAUGAAAAAGUCAGGAUCUAGACCAGUGAUUCCCAACCUGUACGUGUGUAAAUGUGCCCCUAGUGAUCCGCGAGUGCAUUGCAAGGGGCACAUGAAAAUAUUUUAUUCAUUUUUCUAAGGGCCAGAUUGAAAAAUUGAACAAGCUUUUAUUAACCAAAAAUAUAAGAUUUUACAGCCUGAAAGUAGCUCAGAUAGCUCACACUGAGCUGUCUGAGCUCAUCAAAGCAGCUGAGGUGUCUGGAUGAAAACAGAGUAAAACUAAUAAAGUCAGUCUGACUGUAAUUUUUCUGUAUUUCCUUCCCAAUUCCUCAAGUUUAAAUCUGAUUAAAAGGGAGUUACUCAGAGGAGCUCCAGCUUUAUAAAACACAGGUUUAUAAUAUGCUUUUAUUUUGUAUUUAUUCCCUUUCCUACUAACUUCCAGGCAGCAUCUUUACGCUGUUUUUUUUUUUUUAUUUCAAAUGGAAAGAAUAAAAAGCCUCAGAAUUGAAUGCUCAAAUUAAAAGAUUAAGUAAAAUAGUUUUGUUUCAACUUUUCGACAAUCAUCUAUACUUUUGACUGAGAAGGGUUCUAAUGGGAAGACAUAAAAGGUUGGGAAACACUAGUCUAGAUUAUGGGGAAAACAUGUAGACUUUACUGUUUUUGCAAUGCAAUUCUAUUUAUGAGACACCUUUUUAACAUGUCAAUUCUUGAAUAACUGUUUCCAAAAUGAUCAAAUAUUGUUGGUAAAACCUAGUUAUUUUUUAUCUGUCUGGUAUAGAAAUGAUUCUGUCCGAUUCUGAAUGAUACAAAGUCCAAAAAGUACUUUGAAACAGUAAUCCACUUAUUACUGGAUUAGAUUACUAGAUUGGCAUCCAUUCAUUCCUAUUUAUCUACUUAAGGUUCUCCUUCAUCAUACACGUCCUAUGGUAAAGCCAGGUCACCUGAAUAGAAAUGUCUGUGCCAUAGCGCCAUCUCAGGAAGAAAAUAAAAAAGAAAUAAAUCUAUUCAGUGCCAUUCCUCUAUUCUUUAACAGCAAAGCCCUAAAAUAGGAAUCAGUAGCAACUCUAAAAAAAAAUCUCAGAGUUGCCACAAAAUUCAGUUUGGUGUAUCUCUCUAAUCCUCUAUGCCUGAAACAUUAGUGUAUAAAUGUGCAAACCCUUCUGCUCUAUUACUUCUGAAGGUUACAGCAUAAAGAUUGUGUGUUUUCCCACCCUAUGAUCAGUUAGUCCCUGCCAACCUAUGUCUACCCCUCAGCUGAACACUAAUAUUGAUCACAUCAUUAAUGCAUUAUUUUAUUUACAGUUCGGCUGAUUAGUUCUGUUUUCAGAAUCUUCCCUGGUUUCUUACCACCCGCUAAAGAUAGAAAAGAAUAUUUAUAAUCACCUGUGCAAUUAACAUUUUAAUAGGUAAAGAGCAUCAACUGUAGAAGAGGUACAUGAUAAAGUGUUUAAAGAUUGAAAAAAGUGGGGCAGGAAAAGAGGAAAGACUCAAAAUGUUUCACUAUAAAGGAAGAGUGCUAUAAACUCAUAAAGAAAAAUGCGUUUCCAUCCCUGUCACCAUCAUCAUCUGGGAGGUUCUUUAUCUUUUUACAGUCAUGUGGCCAAGUCGGCUGCUUCACUCGCUGGGAGAUGUCUUCCUCUCUGUGUCUCGAGGAUGGGAUCAUCCGUGGGGAUUCCCAGCAGAGCUCAAACAAGUGUGAAAAGCCUUUUAGAGACCCGUGAAUACUGUUGGCUGCAUGGCUCUGCACAGAGAAAGUGCCCACUCUCUGUUUGCUCCCUUUGACCUUUACACCCUCCUUCCUUUUUAUCGAUUCACUUCCUCUGAUGAUUAUGCUCCACUGUUCCUUCACCUUCCCCCUUUCCUGACUCUGAAAUCUGUUCACCUUAACCAGUCAAAUAAAGGUUUUAGGAUCAGAUUAAAAA